AUGUCUUCCAGCGGAGAGAAACCUAAGGCUGCUUCCCAGCCUGAUGGGAAAGCAGCUCAGACCAAGAAGACAGAGACGGGCAUGAUGUCCUACAAGAUGUGUGUGUUUGACCAGGAGAACUUCCAGGGCCGCUGUAUAGAGAUCACUAAUGAGUGUAUGAAUGUGUGUGAGAUGGGGAUGGACAGGGUGCGUUCCCUGCGCGUGGACUGCGGCCCUUUUGUGGGCUUUGAGCAGAUGAAUUUCUGCGGAGAGAUGUAUAUUCUGGAGAAGGGUGAGUACCCUCGAUGGGACUCAUGGAGUAACUGUCAGAGGAAUGAUUACCUGCUGUCCUUCAGACCAAUCCGAAUGGACCCCGAGAAGCACAAGAUCUGCCUGUACGAGGUGGGUGAGUUUAAGGGUCGUAAGAUGGAGAUUAUCGAUGACGACGUGCCCAGCCUGUUUGCCUACGGCUUUACAGACCGCGUGGGCAGCAUCAUGGUUAGCUGUGGAACUUGGGUGGGUUAUCAGUACCCUGGUUACCGCGGUAGCCAGUACCUGCUGGAGAAAGGUGAAUUCCGGCACUUUAACGAGUAUGGGGCCCGUCAUCCUCAGUUCCAGUCCGUGCGGCGUAUCCGUGACAUGCAGUGGCAUCCAGAGGGCUGCUACACCAUGGCCGCCAAGUGA